GUCACUCGGUUCCAUUCUCUUUUUGAAAGUCGUUACUACCCAUGAUGCCUUUGUUCGGGAAUGCCAUGUUCAUAGCCUUUCCGAAGACACUGCAAAACUUUCAAGUUAGCAGUCGAUACAACCUCAAUUCCUCGUAGCUUCAAAGAUUAAAAACACAGAAAGAAUAACAUCAUGGCAGAUAAAAUUGAUAUGUCCUUAGAUGAUAUCAUCAAGAAAAACAAAGGUUCGCGUGGUCGUGGACGUGGAAGGGGACAGAGACGAGGAGGCAACAGAGGUGGAAGUGGCGGUGCAGGCGGUAGUGGAGGGCCUAUGAGACGUGGCAGAAGUUCAGGCGGUAGAGGUCGAGGAACCCCCUACUCUCGGCCAAGAAAUAUGCCUGACAGAUGGGAGCAUGAUAUGUUUGAAAGUGGUGGUGGACAGGCAAAAAGAACGUCUUUUGGUAGUGGUGGACUUUCAACUGGCAGCAAGCUGCAUAUUUCAAAUUUAGAUUUUGGUGUAACAGAAUCAGACAUUCAGGAAUUGUUUCAAGAAUUUGGAACCAUAAAAUCAGCAACAUUGAAUUAUGAUUCAGCUGGAAAAUCACAUGGUACAGCUGACAUAGUCUAUGUCAGGCGUGAAGAUGCACAAAAAGCAUUUAAAACAUACAAUGGAGUUCCACUGGAUGGACGACCAAUGAAGAUUGAGAUGAUAACAACAGCCUUGUCUGGUGCCAGUGCAGCCUCAAAUAAUCAAGGAAGCUACAGAGAAAGAAGCGGAUAUCAAAGAGACAGAAGAGGUGGCAGCAGAGGUUUUGGUGGAAGCAGAGGAUUCGGUAAUCGUGGUGGCAAUAGAGGUAGAGGAGGAAGAGGCAGUGGACGUGGUGGUAACAGGAGAGGACGUGGCGGUAAGCCAAUUUCAAAAGAUGAUCUUGAUGCAGAACUCGAUGCAUACAAAGUUAAGGUUGAAGAUGAUGACAUUGAUAUGGAUUAAAGGACUGGUAUUCAGUUGGUUUGAAAAUGAUGUUCAAAACUUGAAAAACAAAGAAAAAGACUUGCCAUGACUGAUAUAUAUUCAAAACAUGGGCAAGGAGCCCAAGCAGGAACUAUAAUGUUUGCCACUGCAGUCUACAAGGCAGAAUGAGUACAGCACAUGCAUUGACUGAAACAGAUGUGAUGUUUACCAAAGGGACAUUAUUGAUUUUAUCUGUUUGUAGUUUUUACUUUAGGAGGAAGUAUCAUUCAGUUUCUAAUUUAGAUUGGGAUUCACUCUUGGGAAAAUUAUUUGCUUAGCUUGCUUUGUUGAAAGGCUGCUUUUCUGUAUAGGCACAGUUGUUGAUCAAAAUAAUACCAUCCCUCAGAUUUCUACUUGUUGAAAUCUGAUUUACCAAUUGUCAUGUGGAAGAUUUGAGUUUAAAUGCACACGUAGCCCAACAUUUCUAUUUUGCAAAGCUUAAGUUAGCAAGCUUCGCAAGAUAAAGGAAGGCACUGCUUGUGGGAUUCGCUAUUGACAUGUAUGAUAACACUCAUUCAAAUUCCUGCCAUAUAUGUAGUAUUAUUGUAAGCAUUUGUUAAAUUUAAACUGCUUUCAUUAGCCAGUUAUGUUUUGAAAUUAGUAUGUAUGCUUUUCAUUUUAUGUAUAAAGAAGUAAUUGA